CGGCAGCCCGCCCGAGCGGCUCCAUCGCGGCAGCCCGCCCGAGCGGCUCCAUCGCGGCGCGGCCGCGCUCCGCCCCCGCGGGAGGAGCGGCGCGAUGGCGGCGGGGCGGCGGCGCUGAGGAUGAUAUCGCGAUACGCGCGCAAACCGGUGCAGCCACAAGGACUCCCAAAACAUGCCCUGAGGCAUCACCCCCUGCCAGAGCCAGGAGUUCAGGUGUGCUCAGCCACAGCCAGGGCUGAAAACCACGGCCACGUCUCCAGGGAGUCAGGAAUCCGGAGGGAAUCAGCUGAUCAUGGGAAUCCAGGGACUGCCAGUGAGAGCUGUGCCGACACCUCCACUGAGGACAGCUCAGUCUUCUCUUGGGGCUACGAUGAAUUUGAUAAAGCUGCCACACAACAAGUUCAGGAGAUGUUCAGACAAAUUGAUGAGCUUCUCUAUGAGCAGAAGGAAAAUGUGCAUGUGGAGGGACUGUGGGAGGAAUGCCAGCAGUGGACAUCCAGCUUUCCUCAUCUCAGGGUUGUGGGGAGGCAGGUGGUGGUGCCCACGGAUGAAGGGUAUGGAUGGUUCUCCAGUUCCCCUGCGGGCAGCUGGGCUCCCUCAGGUGUAAGUUCACCUCCAGAGCAGGAUGCUGAGGAAUUUAGUGUUUUUGGCAAGAAGGUCCCUCUUUUUGUUACUCCUGUUCACAAAAAGGCCGACCCUUCCCAGUCUCCGACCUUGUGUUCCUCAGAGAGUGACGAAGGGGAAGAGGAAAUAAUUCUCUCCGAAGGCAUAGUGGAGGAAUAUUUGGCAUUUGACUGCAGAGAUGUGGAGGAGGAGCUGCACGAGAGGAAAAGGGGCCUGUCCUCUGGCAGACGGAAACUGGGCCUUCCUCCCGUCUCCCCAUAUUCCUGCACCAAGGAUUCCGUGCUCACCUUCGUGUUUGAUGAUGUGUGGAGUGAAGUCCUGGGCUGCAUGGAGGAGCUGAUCUGCAGGCACUGGGAAGGGUCAGCCUCUGAUGAUGAGAAAAAUAUCAUAACAGUGGAAACACUCAGGGCAGGUGUCAGAAGCCCUUUGCAGCUCGAUCCUCUGCCAGCCUUGUUACCUCGUGUGCCACACACGAAAAUGCCCUCGGUGACCUCAAAUCUGUGCCCAAAACCCAGAUGUGGCCGCAAAAGCAAAAAGAGAAGAAAAACACCUCAUGUCAGUCUCUCUCAAGGGUCAAGUAGUGGCUCUCAGCAUAAUCUGAAUGGCUUGAUGGUGAUCCAGGGGAUCCAGUUACACCAAAGGAACCUGCCUGUAGUGGAGAAAACACUGGACCUGGAUGACAGACGGCCGGGUUCCAGCUCCAUCCUCUCCAUCAGAACGUGGCCAAAUCGUGCUCUGGAGCUCAGCACAUCCUCCCUGUCCCGCUCGACGAGGAGGAGGAACCCCCCGCCCCGGACCCUGCACCCCAUCUCGGGCAGCCAGCCCCGCCCCGGGACCCCGCGCUCCGGGGACGCGGCACGGCUUCUGACUGCACAGGAGCAGCUGACCUCCCCCUCCCCAGUGCUGCUGAACCGAAAUCACCCCCUGCCCCCUAUUGCCACCUCCAGCGUGGCAGAGCGUGGGAGCACCACAGGAUCCCAGAGGCAAAUGAAACCUCGAGGGAGCUCGAGUCGUGCUCACAGUGUAACGACACAAGAAGAUGCUCACCAGCAGCUCCAGGAGCAGCUCCUCCUGCCUGAUCCUUUCUCCAGGCCUAACACAACCAACACAUCCUUGCCAGAUUCCCAGCGCCGCCGUUCCUGCACCGUUAUGGAUCACAGUAAUCAAUCCUGGACAAGCAGAGCAUCAACAGGUUCAGGUCUCCUCCCACGUGGUUCUGUGAAAGGCCACAGUCGAAGUGGAUCGGGCACAAAAAGCAGACAGGGGUUCUGAGGUGCCAUGGAGAAGUGUCCAACCCAUCCAUCCAUCCGUCCAUCAACCCAUCUCUGGAGAGUCAUGAACCACCUCUCGUUCCCAGCAAGGUCAACGUUGUUUACAGAGAGUUUUCAAACACCCUUCCUCACAAAUAGUUAUUUUUAUAUAAACCUAAGCAGCAGCUGCCAAAGAUUAGAAGGGGUACACUUAAACAUUCCAUUUUCUACCAGUAGAGAAAGUGAUACUGCAGUGGAAGGGUGAAGAUACUCCAGGAAAGCCUAACUCCUAGGAAAUCCAGCAAACACUCAGUCACUGCUGUGUUCCUGUGAGGUUCUGAUGGGUUCAUGUCCUUACAAGGCAGGUACUGCAGAACCUGCUCAUUUUUCCAUUAGCUCCACAGAAGGUUGCCCAGGCCUUCCACAGAAGUAGUAAUGUAAAUUUUUUUAAGCUGUAUUUAUAUAUUCAAAUAUGUUUAAAGCAAUAUUGUACUAGGAAGAGCAAGCACUGCACUCGAUUCUGCUUCUACAACUCAGCUUAGGCAAGUGCUGGAUCCUGCAGUAGUUGCAGCAGGUAUCUGGACACACGUGUGUAGCACUAAGGUAGCCAAGCAGGUGAACUGACAGCUCCACAGGUAGCAACCACUGCCUCUUCCCGAGUUAUUUAACCUUACACCUCUUCCUCAGUGACUGAGGAAGGGUUAGCAGCCAACAAGAAGCCUCUAACUACAAGUAGUUUCACACACUACUGCAAGAAAAUACACUUGUCUUCCUGGUGAGAUAUUUUAUGGUGAUUUCAGAGAAUGGCUCAGUCUCUCCCUUUCUAAAAUACCUGUAAUUACAGAUUUCUGCUCUCCCCAAGCCACAGAUGCAAUGGAGCUUUUAGCAGCUGUGUCUGCACCGUGUGACAGACGUGGAGGAGGCGUUUGCUGCAGCUGCCCUUGUGGCUCCAGAUAAGACAAAAAACCCCAUGAAGUACAGGCUUCUCAAAAUAAGCAGUUAGUUGAAAGUCUUACUCCCAAACAGACUAAAGUGUAAAAACAAGGUGAGGAUAAUCACUGGCUGUACUCAAACAAACUCAGGACACUGCACAAAAACAGUUGUGUUCCUUUCUAGUCCUAUUAAAGAGCACUUCUUUUCCUAAUUUCCUUAUUAUUCUUCAAAUUACUGUUCAUAAUGGACAAAAGCUUGUCAGUGUUCUUUAGGAAGUAUCUCCCCUAUCUCCCCACUCCAAUUUAUGUUACCUACAGAGCAGCUAAUAAUUUUUAAUCAAUAUUGAAGAUCUUGAGUCCAGUUGAUCCAAGCAUGCUUUCAUCAAAAACAGGGAACUGUGCAAAUGUAACUGGGUUAACUUGCCUUUGCAUUUCCAGAAGGUAAAAAAAAAAGAGCAGCUCUGAUCUCAAUCUAAACCUCUCAAAUUUGCAGAGAGAGAACCUGAUGCUAACCAGAGGCCUGUACUCACCAAACCAUUUCAAAAUACAAUUUCUCUUAACACUUGGGACUGCUGGAAUAUUGUACAGUGUGUCAGUUCUGUCAGGCAAACUGCAGAUAAGCAUCCCAUUUGUAUCCAUGCCAUUCCUCAGGGACAAAGUGAGUUUUCUGUAGCACAAGAGUUACAAAACCAGACAAAUAAACUUGAAUAGACUGCUGGUAAUGUAAUGUAGUGUUUUAUAGCCUAGAGGAGUGUUUAAAUGUGUGUUUAAAUGAAAAAGUGAAGCAGUCUCCUCCUAAGGCCCAUCUCGUGUUUUCUGUACAGAUGGUUGACACCAGAGACUGAUCCUGGGCUGUUAUUUAUUUAUUCUGUGUAACAAAAGUAACCUUUAAGCCCUGUGUUAUCCAACACAAUGAUAUGCUGUACUCUCUCAGAAUCAGGGUCAUUUUUAGGAGCAGGCAAGUAAAGGGGAACAGAGUGACCCUCUACCUCUGGCUUCCCCCCAGGAAGCUCCCUGAAUGCUGAUGUUGAAGCAAUGAGGGCCUUCAAAGUGCUCACCUCGUGACUCCUGAGCCUUUGAGAAAUGAUCCUGCAAAUGGAAGUGUGCAGGAUUUACUUGACUGAAAUCAGGAGAAUCAACACAAUCAGUUUGUUUGGAACAGCUACUUAGAAAACAAGCAGAGAGAACUGGGGAAGCAACAGCACAGAACUCUGCAAAAAAACCUUCUCGUUUAUUAAAUCUGCAAUUUUCCAAACUAUAUAAAACUACUGGAAUAUCUGAAAACCACCUGUUGAGCUGAUGUGCAAAGACCUUUAAAAACAGAGGGAGGCUCGUUAGGGAAGAACUGUGUGAACAGCACACGUGGAUCUCAACUGAAGAGCACCCAAAGGGUUUGAAGCAGUAGCACAGGAAUGCUUUGUCUGCCUUGUCGUGCCUCCCAGUCACAGCCAGUCAGUGCACACAGCCCAGAACAGGAGCCCAGAAACAAUCCCAAGUUCUCCCAAACCCACGUUUCCAUACAAAAUGAGACCUGGUACUUCAGCCUACAUCGUUCCUUAUGUCUUCCUCUUCUUGGCUGCAGUUUUCUUUCCUCCUUUCUUGGCAUUAUUCCCAUAUUUUGCUUCCAGGUGGGCGAAGAAGUCAUCCAUUUCCCUUUCUCGAUCCCUGCUUCGGCGCUGGGGAGGGGGAAAAGAAAACCAACCAAGUUCAAAGCUUCUGUAACUUCCCAAUACAGGUUAUUCUAUUGAAGCCUGAUAGCUACAUAAAAUCUUGGAAUAUAUUGAACAGGGAAUACAAUCUAUAGAAAGUUUAGUGCCAUCACUGAUGCUCCCUGUCUAACUGCCUGCAACUAGAAAUUAAAUAUUUUGAGGGCACGUGGAAUAACUUUGUUAAUUUUUAAAGAGACACAGGCAAUAAAAUCCAUACCAUAGUCUGUUAAUUAAAGUACAUGGUUAGCAUUAAGGUUUUAACCUCAGGAACUCAGAAGAGUUGCAAGGAUCCAAAAUCAAAGAUGCUCAGGGAAAACACAAUUGUAAGCCAGUAACAUAAUUAUCUGCAACAAACAGAGAGAGCCUUACUUGAAUCAGCGCUUGCAAGUCAUUUUCUCCACCAAUGCCCAGUUCAUCUUUAGUCUUUUUUGCCUCUUUAGCUUCUUUUUCUGCCUGAAAAAGCAAACAAGUUUUUUUUAAAAAAAGUAUUUUGCAUGUUAUCUGACAAAGUCUUACAGGAGUUACCAAAUGCUUUUUUUUUUUUCUUUUUGGCAUCUGUGUACAAAGAACUGCAAGGAAACACAAAGGGUUUCCAGGUUUGGCCACAGAUGAGGAAUCAGGCAAAGGUUCCAUCAUUUAGCAGAGAGGGAAGUUUUUUUGCUCUUUCACAAUGUUGAAUGUGAUGUUUGUCCCUGUUCCCCUAUCUAUAUCUUUUUUGCCUUAGCAGAUCCUACAUUAAGUUAAAGGUUACUAUGAUGUGCAUGUAACACUCUACAAAGUGUUUGGACAAGAGUCCAUCUAGUCCAGAACAGUUUCACACCUGCCAAAAGUCAAGCAAAAUGUAUUUUCACCACUUGUUGUUUGUUUUUUUUUGUUAACUUCAGCAACUCACAGCUUUGUAGAUAAAUGCAGGGACAUGUGUAAUAAGCCAUUGUGUAUAAUAAUGAAAUAAAAGAAGGGAAAAAAACCCAUUUCCCAGCGA